ACGCUUGUACGUUCAUACAAAUCAUAUCUUGUCUCUACAUCACAGAGGAAAUAAAGAGAAACUUUUGAAGAGGUUGUGUUUACCAAUUUCAUUACCCACCCGACCCGACCUGCAGGCCGCAACUAGUCGUGCCGUGCGUUUGUUUUAUAGUCUAUACUAUAUCCCCUCCCUCUUCUAUAGUCUCGUGCUGCUGCCGUCGCCUGGGUUCUGGAAGAAGGAGACAGCAAGGAGUUAACCAUCGCGCUAUCCCAUACCCGCUUGCUUGCAUUUCACUCAAUUCAUUAUAUAUAUCAAUCAGAAGAUCUACAUUCCUCAAGCAUAUAUUGGCUUGCCUGAAAGUUGCGGGCUUUUCAUAUCGUACUUAGUUUUCUCUGCCGCUUUUUCAUCUUUUCCCUUCCCUAUUUCACUUCCUUCGUAAUCUCUUCUCCCAAAUCUGUCGGGGCCGGGUUCUUGGCCAUGGAGUCACAAGGGUUGAUCGCCGGAAAGAAGAGGGUGGUGGUGGUUGGCGGCGGCAUCGCCGGCUCACUCCUGGCCCGAAACCUUCAAGACCACGCCGACGUCUGUCUCAUUGAUGAAAAGGAAUAUUUUGAGAUCAGUUGGGCGAACUUGAGAUCAAAAGUUGAGCCAUCAUUCGCACAAAGAGCUGUCAUCAAGCAUGAGGAGUACCUGCCUAAUGCUCGUAUCAUUGCAUCAGCUGCAACUGACAUCACUGCAAAGGAAGUUUUGACGGCACAAGGCCAUCAAAUUUCAUAUGAUUAUCUUGUCGUUGCUACUGGUCAUGUGAAUGCCGGUGCAGACACAAAAGAUGAGAGGCUUAGACAGUUUCAAGCAGAUUAUGAGGAGAUAAAAUCUGCGAAUUCAAUUUUGAUUGUAGGAGGGGGGCCAACCGGCGUGGAGCUAGCAGCAGAGAUUGCUGUUGACUUCCCAACCAAGAAGGUAGUGCUGGUACAUCGGGGGCCGAGGUUACUGGAAUUCGUUAAUGAAAAGGCUGGGAAGAAAGCGCUGGAUUGGUUGAGCUCGAAGAACGUGGAAGUGAUCUUGAAUCAGUCGGUGAAGUUGACCUCUGAAGCAAAUGCAAAUGGUGGUGGUGCUUAUGAGACAUCUGGUGGAGAGACCAUCAUGGCCGAUUGCCAUUUCCUCUGCACCGGCAUACCGAUGGGGUCAUCGUGGUUAAGGGGAACUGUGUUGAAGGACAGCUUGGAUGCUCAUGGAAGGAUAAUGGUGGAUAAGACACUAAGGGUGAAGGGGUACAGUAACAUAUUUGCCAUCGGGGAUAUCACAGACAUUCCGGAGCUGAAACAGGGGUAUUUGGCGGAGUCGCAUGCCCAAGUGGCUGCCAAGAAUCUGAAGGCGUUGAUGAGGGGUGAGACUGAGAGCAAGCUGGCGACAUACAAGCGGGCGUCGGCAGCAAUGGCAUUGGUGUCGCUGGGGAGGAGAGAAGGAUUGCUGCACGUGAUGUGCAUAACCACAUUGGGCCGCGUCCCUGGCAUGAUAAAGUCAGGGGACUUGUUUGUGAGCAAGACGAGGAAGGGGCGCGGCCUCAAGGCCAAGUGAAAAGAUAGAACCAAGCAAGCUUCUCAGUCCAACUUCCCCUCCCUCGAGUUUCAGUCUUAAUAAUCCAACCCAUUGUUGUUUGCCUUCGUUGAUUUGAUUUGUCUCUGAUGGGAUAACACGUGCCUGCGUAUUUUAUACUAAAAUUUCUGACUUGGCAGCGCCCCCAAACGUAGAUCAUUGUGAUCGAACUGGGUUACCAUAUUCUUGUGUUCAUUUGUCUUUGUUGUCUCAUCUUGAUUUCCUGGAAAUUUCCGUAACAAGUGGUAUCAGAGCCUAGUUCGUUGA